AUGUAUAUACUAUCUUCUGGUAAUAUUGUUCAUGACAAAGUUGGCGUUAAUCUUGAUGCCAAUCCUAGAACUUAUGAAGUCUACCUGAGUUCCGUCAGUAAUAAUAGCCAAGGUAAUCCUUAUCAAAGAUGGACAGCCAGAGAUAUGGGCGAUGAUACUUAUAGAAUUAUUCAUACUUUUUCAAACUUGGCUUUAGAUGCCAAUUAUGACCGAAAAGUUUAUCUUAGUAGUUUAGAGAAUAACGGUGAAAAUAAUCCUUACCAACGUUGGAGAUUUGUUCUAAUAUCUGGCACCUAUAGGAUUAUUCAUAAGCAGACAGGUUUAGCCUUAGAUGCAAAUGCUGAUUGCAAAGUUUAUCUUAGCGCUCCUGAGCAUAACAACGCCAAUAAUCCUUACCAACAAAGGGGCCAUAGGGCGAGUCUGUUGCGAAGCAACGCUAUUACCAUAGCAAAGACUUCUUCGAUCCUUACAUCCGAUAAACUUCGUGAAGCGCGAUCCGAUAUCAGAGUCGAGAAUGAUCGCCUGCCGGAUCAAUCGAUGUACCCUUGA